AUGUGGCCUAAUUUGAUUCAUUGUACAGUUUUGUCCCAGGCCCCCCGGUCUGAGGGGCAUGUGAUGAGGAAGGGUGUGCCUGGGGAAUACUUCAAGGGGUGCCAUAAACAAGCGCGUGUCCUCUUCCUGUUUCUUCUCAUCGUCACUCUUGCAGUCGUUUUCAAAAAAUUCUGGAGGCGAGUCGAACCAGUAAAGAAAGAAAUACAGCAACACGUUGACUUGGGUUGCCUGUACACAGUGCAGCUCCCCCAGGAAGCCCAGGCAUGGCAAGUUGUUUCAUUCAAAAUCAGCCCAACUACAACGGACAAAUGCAGUCUUGCUGCGAGGAGCAAAAUACGUGGAAAUGCACACGGAAAUUCAAAUUUUCGAAUACAAGCCUUUGGGUCACAAGAAAUGGUUACAGGUAGCGUGACUCACAUUGGCAACGAUACUUACAACGCUACACUGCGGCUAACGUUUGCUGGAGAAUAUAUAAUCCUUGUUAUUUUGACGUACAUUAACAACGAUAGUCUCGAAUAUCGUCACCACACUAAAGCUGUUCUGCAACACGUGGGGAACAGUCCGUUUGAUCUCCCGGUAUCCCCGGGUCCUUACCCCAGGGGGUAUACCCGAUACUGUAGUCAAGAAGAAAGUGGUACUGCCCCCGGAAGGUGGGUUGAAUGUGGCAGUAUCCCGGGGAUUGAAAGAUGCGGGCAGUGGCAGCUUGAUCCUUUGUACGACUUUGAUCAGAUCCACGGUUUUCACUGGCUGCCAUAUUUUUGUCAACUGCAUCAUUACAGCAGCGAUGAAAUCAAGAAAUGCUUCGCAAAACAAGGUUGGUCAGAGAUUGUUUUUACGGGAGACUCGCACAUGCGCUAUAGAACUUAUCACUGGGUCACGAGAUUGCAUGGCUCAUGUCACGGCUGCAUUAAAACACACGUAAAGAUGGUGUUUGACAAAAUCCCACGCAUUGAGUGGGUGUUCGACGCGCGUGGAACGCGAUGGCCUCUCACUUUCCCAAACAUUUCGAUGCCACACGAGAUAUAUGUUCAUCCGAGAACAAGGCGUUCUAUGUUCUCCAAAGAAUUACCUGGCUCUGUAUUCAGUGGCAAACUAUUUCUCAUGAACUUUGGUCACUGGAUUUUGCGGGAGAGCACCAAGAGAACGUUUAUGGCUGAAAAACUGCGCGCUUUUGUUGAAGCAAUUCAAGCAAUGAACGACUCUGGCGAAACUCCCAAGAGAUUUCUUUGGGUGAAUACGGUUAGUCUUCCUUGGAGAGAGGAUCGCGCCAUGAUAGAAUGGUUGGAAAACCCAUCUCCUACUCGUGUUGCGCAGUUGAACGGUCUAACAGACCAGGCAAUGCGCCAGGGCAGUGUUCAGAUUGUAGACGCUUUUCAGAUAUCCAACAGUCGCAUAGGUGCUACGCAUGAUCAGACGCACUACGCCAAAAGAAUGGAGAGAGGAGAUUGUGGGGGAGUAGUGGAGAACGCCAUAAGUAAUGUAAUAGCUAAUGCUCUAUGUAACUAUGAUAAUUGGUAA